CCUGGGCCUGCUAGAGUGUACCUGGACCGCACAUAGCGGACACGACAGCCACAUGAGAACCAUGACAGUGGUUGCGACCUGCAAUGAGUUUUUCCAUUGGAAGGUGGCUCAUUUUACAUCAGCGUGAUCAUCAAAGCCAACAUUGUAGCACAGGACUUCCUGCAUAGUCGAUGUACGUGCGAUGGCACUCAACGCAGAGCCGGCGAUUCACAACGUUGCCAUGCACUCAGAUUCUGAACCACUGGACCUGGUCUGCAUCGGUUUUGGGGUCUCAGCUCUUGCGGUUGCUAUCGCCUUGCAUGAAAGACAAUCACUGGAUCACACGUUAUUUCUGGACUCCCAACCCCAGUCGUCAUGGAAGCCUUGUCCAGAUGUACCAGCUUCACGUCUGAAGACUUCGUUCCUGAAUGACUUGAUCACUUCCGAAAACCCGCGCUCCGAAUUCACAUUCAUCAACUAUCUUCACGCAACGAAUCGUCUCGUACUCUACUGCAACAGUGGUCAUCUCACACCGUCCAGAGAAAUCUUUUCGGAUUAUCUAAGAUGGUGCGCAGAUCGACUUAAAGUACGAACCGCUUUUCAAAAACAAGUGAGCAGCAUAACGCCGGUGACCGACGCGACGGGCACAGUUUCGUGCUGGAGGGUAUUGGUUUCGGAUGCGGCCACUGGAAAGCAGAAUGAGCUGGUGACAAAUCAGGUCAUAUGUUCAAUGGAGCCUCAGCCACAAAUACCUGCCAUUCUAUCCCAAGCAAACAUCAAUCCCAACCUCGCUCAUUCCACAGACUCCAGGGAAGCCAUUUUGUCAACUUUGAGAAAAACGGCCGGAAAAGCCCGCAUCGCGAUAGUUGGUGACGGCCAAUCGGCUGCGGAAGUAUUCGAGUACCUGCAGAGUAUACGAGGAGACCAGCAGGCCAUUUGGUUCACCCAAAGUCCAGUUCUUCGAAGAUCAGAUAGCACUCCCUUUAUUAUGGAUGUCGUGAGGCGGCCAACCACCAGGGCGGAACAAUUACUGCCACCAGAGUUGAGGCUACAGGCCGUGGACGGAGUAGGAGCCCCAGCCUCCAGCAACGCAAUCGACGAUGCCUUGUUGAAGGACUUGUACGAUCUGCAAUAUCAACAAAGUGUCAAACAGGCAAACCCGUCGAAAUGGCAAUAUCAGAUCAAGUUCGGCCAUCGAGUAGAGAUGGCGCAGCGGGCUACUGACGGACAGGCUGCCUUGUCCUUGAAGUGCCUCAAUGGCGACGGUGGUUACUCUGGGCUUUUCGACCUUGUCAUCGCGGCUACUGGCUACGACAAAAAUGGUCACGAACGGAUCAUGAGGCAACUCUCCACUUUGAUUGAUGGUCAUCGCAUAAGUGUUGAUCGAGACUAUCAGGUCAACUUCCGGUCUGGCCUGCUUGUGGAGGGCUGCGGCUUGUGGUUACAAGGAUCUCUUGGUGAUUCUGACGAUGAUGAGGCUUUGUAUCCUAUCCUUGCGGAAAGAAGCCGACGCAUUGCCGAGUCCAUUAUUCGGCAAAGGUGUCGAUCGAGUGAGCCAUCACCGGAAGCGAGGACUGCCAGGCUAUGAGCGAUGAAAGCGGUUCAGAGCUAUAGAAGGUGUCACCUCAGGCAUGGGGAAAGGUGGACGGAUGUAAGGCUCAGCCGUAGAAGUGCCAUAGU